ACUGUAUCGAUUUAAAAUUUAAAAGAAUUGCUCGGACUGCUGGAGGAUCUUAAGAAUGCAGAUCUUCGUUAAGACCCUCACGGGUAAAACCAUUACCCUAGAGGUCGAACCUUCUGAUACUAUCGAAAAUGUGAAAGCUAAAAUUCAAGACAAAGAAGGAAUUCCUCCAGAUCAGCAGAGGCUUAUUUUUGCUGGUAAACAGUUGGAAGAUGGAAGAACUUUGUCUGAUUACAAUAUUCAAAAAGAAUCUACUCUUCAUUUGGUUCUUCGUCUCAGGGGUGGCGUCAUUGAACCAACUCUGAAAAUCCUCGCACAGAAAUACAAUUGUGAUAAAAUGAUUUGCCGCAAGUGUUAUGCUAGACUUCACCCAAGAGCAACUAACUGCCGCAAGAAGAAAUGUGGUCAUACCAACAAUAUUCGCCCCAAGAAGAAGCUGAAGUAGAUCAUCUGCUUAUUUUUCUAUCCUGGAUUUAAAAAAAUUUCAUUAAGUUUAAAUUGAC